UCAUAAGGUAUAAGUUUAUUAACAUUUUACUAUUAUAAAAAUAAUUAAUUUACUAUUUUCGUAAACAUUGGUAUCAUAGAAUAAGUUUCUACGUUAAUUUGCCUGUAAGGUUCCAAAUACAAUCGAUUUUAUAGUGUUACGUGUAUCGAGUUCAAUUAUGAGAGGAAGACCAAACAGAAGAUCUAGGAGUAGAGAUCGAAGAAGAUCUAGAAGUAGAGAUCGCGGAUUCGGGGGUGGUGGUAGUCGAAGAAAACAAGCAGGUUCCAGCUUGAAAAAACCACGGUGGGAUCUUGGUCGAUUGGAACCCCUUAAAAAAGACUUUUAUGUCCCUCAUCCCGACGUUGAAAGUAGACCUUCGUACGACGUUGAAGAUUGGCGCAAAAAUAAAGAAAUUUCAUUAAAAGGAAGGUCAAUUCCUAAUCCUGUUUUUACUUUUGAAGAAGCUGGUUUUCCAGAUUAUGUCAUGACAGAAAUUAAAAAAAUUGGUUUCAAAACACCCACACCAAUUCAGUCUCAAGGUUGGCCAAUUGCUUUAUCAGGUAGGGAUAUGGUAGGCAUUGCAUCAACAGGAUCUGGUAAAACUUUGUCGUAUGUUUUACCAGCUAUUGUUCACAUAAAUAAUCAGUCACGACUGGCUAGAGGGGAUGGGCCUAUAGUUUUAAUUUUGGCACCCACAAGAGAACUUGCCCAACAAAUACAACAGGUUGCAACAGAGUUUGGACAGUCAUCCAGAAUAAGAAAUACAUGUGUAUUUGGUGGGGCACCAAAGGGUCCUCAAGCCAAUGAUUUAAUUGAUGGAGUAGAAAUAGUCAUAGCAACUCCAGGACGUCUUAUUGACUUCUUAGAAACCCAUCGUACCAAUUUAAGAAGAUGCACUUACUUGGUACUGGAUGAGGCUGAUAGAAUGUUAGAUAUGGGUUUUGAACCUCAAAUAAGAAAGAUAAUUGAGCAAAUAAGGCCAGAUAGGCAAACAUUAAUGUGGUCAGCCACAUGGCCUAAAGAAGUUCAGUCUUUGGCAGCAGAGUUUUUAAAAGAUUAUGUUCAAAUUAAUGUUGGAUCUUUACAACUGUCUGCAAAUCAUAAUAUUUUGCAAAUAAUUGAUGUUUGUCAAGAAUACGAAAAAGAAGCAAAGUUGAGCACAUUACUGAAGGAAAUUAUGGCUGAGAAAGAAAAUAAGACUAUUAUUUUUAUUGAAACCAAGAGAAAGGUAGAUGAGAUAACAAGGAAAAUGAAGAGGGAUGGGUGGCCAGCCGUAUGUAUUCAUGGAGAUAAAUCACAACAGGAACGAGAUUGGGUAUUACAAGAUUUUAGGUCUGGAAAAGCUCCAAUUCUAGUGGCAACAGAUGUCGCUGCGAGAGGUUUAGAUGUGGAAGAUGUCAAAUUUGUAAUCAAUUUCGAUUAUCCUUCAAACUCCGAAGAUUACGUUCACAGAAUCGGACGUACCGGUCGUUCACAAAGAACCGGAACCGCUUACACCUUCUUUACACCUAUAAAUGCCAACAAAGCAUCCGAUUUGCUGGAAGUUUUGAAGGAGGCAAAACAAGUUAUUAAUCCCAAAUUACAAGAAAUGGCCGACAAUCGGUCGUGGAGUAGUAACGGUAACAGUACAAGAGGGAGGAGUCGAUGGGGUCGAGGACGUGGAACUCAUAGACGUUCUAGAUCAUUAUCCCGUUCUAGGUCUCGUUCACCUCGAAGAAGUUCCCGAAGAGAUCGCAGUCGUUCUAGAGAUCGUUACAGAAGAAAACGAUCACGCAGUGAUAGUCGAAGUGUAAGUCCACCUCCAAAGCCAGCAAUUGUACCUUCAGCAUCUUUGUCAAGUAAUUUGAUAUCACGACCUCCACCAUCCACACCCACUCAAAGGCCGUUACAACAGCCUUCUACUCAAUCGCAGCCGCCACAACAACAAAGGCCAUCCAUAUCAACGCAUGCUCCUCCACCUCAACCAGCAAUGGGGCAUCAAAUACAUCAUUCAGCGGCACCUCAGUCAAUAUCGGUUCAGCAACAGCCUCCUCCUAAACAUCACGUAAUGACGCAAGCACAUGUUCAAACGCAUUUACCCCCUCCUCCUGUCCCUAAAGAUUAUCAGAAUCGUCCACCGCCCCCUUUACCUACCCAAACUACUUAUUCUGUUCAAAACGGAGGAGUACCCACUAAUUUUUUUUCAGUACCCCCACCUCCACCUCCUGUGCAGUCUGUACAAAUGACUCAUCCUCCUAGAAUGCAAGGAAUGUAUUAUCCUCCCCCAAGUGGGUUUCCGUAUGCACCUCCACCCCCACCUCCCCGAAAAGCAUGAUUUAAUUGUAGCAUAGAUUAUUAGCAAAUACGAAUAUAAUUUAUUUACCGAUUACUAUUUGCGAUAGUUACAUUGUGUGUAGUAAUGAUUUUUUCAAUAGAGGAUUUGUGAAAAGGAAGUAGAACAGAAGCGGUCUAUUUAUGAAAACUGCCCCAUCAUGUAACAUUUAUCUCCUUCCUGAAACGAAGGACGCAUUUGUUUUUUUUUAUCCCUUUCCUUAUUUAAAUCGUGACUAUAUAGUAUCAAUGUUAAGUAGUCAUAGAAGUAUUAGAGGAUUAGAAGGAAUCCUUCCAAGUAAACAUUCAAUGUGCACAUUUAAAUGUAGAAAUGACAAUGAAAUUUUUGUAGUUCAUUAUUUGGUUUUGUAAAUUAAUAACUUUUCAUAUUAUAAUCAUUUACGUUUUUUGGUGUAUAAAGAAUAUAAUUCGUUUUAGAUCUGUUAUUACUUUGACAUUUAAUUAAACAUUAAUUUCAUCUCACCUGUUACUAGGUUAACGCAAUGUAAAUAAUUUUACGUAAUAUACACUUGCUAAGUAUUUCUUGUUCACGAAACAAAAAAAAAACUAGGCACAUUGUUAUAAAUGUAAUAUGCAUGUUUAAAUGCAUAGCCAUGCAUAUAAAAGUAUUCUGUUGUAUUACGUGUAAAUAUUCACAAUAUUUUUCAUUAAUGUUGAGCAGAUUAUGAAAUGACAAAUAAAUGUAUCACGUAAC